GGCCGCCCCGUCACCCCCACCGACCUCUCCAAACUCGGCAUCAUCUGCCACAACUACCCUUCCCUCGACUCUGUAAACGAGCUGGCCUCCUCCCACAACUACAAGAACCGCGACGAAGUCACAAUCUCNCCCACCACCCUCCCCAACUACGAAGAAAAGGUCAAAAUCUUUUUCCACGAGCACUUGCAUGAAGAUGAGGAAAUCAGAUAUAUCCUGGAUGGAGCGGGUUACUUUGACGUCAGAAGCGAGGGCGACGAUUGGAUUCGUCUGAGGCUGGAGAAGGGAGAUUUGGCCAUCAUGCCUGCGGGAAUCUACCAUCGUUUUACUACUGAUGACAAGAAUGAAUGCAGNUACACCAAGGCCAUGAGACUGUUCAAGGACGAGCCCAAGUGGACGCCGCUGCAGCGUGGUGCCGAGACCGACGAGAACAACUUCAGAAAGGAAUACCUGAAGAGCCGCCAAGAGGGUACUAUACUCUCUUCC